AUGGAGCUGCGCUGCGAAUGGGCUAGCAGCAAUGGCUCGGGGUGCCACAAGACGGACUGGCCCGCGUGUGGCUACGACUGGCUCGUUAGCGUCCCCGUCGGCGUUCUCUGGCUCGUCUGGCUCAUCUACGGCGGCACGCGCCUUCUCCAGACGCUCAGUGGCUUUCACUUUGACGCGGCCACGAUCCACGACCCGAUUGCGCAAGGCAUGGCGAUCGCGCUCUCGCAGCGCAAGUCCGAGUCCCGGCGGCGGCCCCGCUUCCAGCGCUACAUGAAGCUCGGUGCCAUGUGGGCCGAGUGGCCGUCGUUCAUGUACACGCCACUCACAAUCGCCCUGAAAGCGACGGGUGCCGAGAGAUACGUGAGCCCACUGGCGUCGUCGCUCAACUUGCCGACCGAGGCGUGGAACCUAGGUGUCGUCGUCUUCUGCGGCAGUGUCGUGCUCGUGCUACGCGUCGGCGCGUCGGCGCGCAAUCAGACCAAGUGGCUGCGGCGCUACGCGUACCCACUGGUGUUUGAUACGUUGUACAUCCCGCUCGUCGCGACGCUUGUUCGGCUCGGAACGUGCCCGACCGAGUUUUCGCACAUCGCGCUGCCCAACGGCGCCACGUGUGACUGCGUGGACGCUUUUGGAUUCUUUUGGGCUGCGGGAUUGACGGGCUUUCUUCUCUUGUACGCAUCGGCCCUUUACUACAAGAUGCACAUUGAACCGUUGGCAACCACGAUGGAUUUCCGGUUCCAGCCCAGUUUUCAGAUCAUUAUGGUCAUGGCCCGCACGCUCAACCCGAUUCUAUCUAUGCUCGUGAGCGAUUUGGACUUGCGCGCGAGACGCGGGAUCGCGCUCUUGAUGGGGCUAGGGUUUCUGUGCUGCUUUGUGCUGCUGCUGGUAUACACGUACACGACACAGCCGUGCAUUGGCAGCGGCCUUCUUCCCAACAACAUUCGAUUUCUGUCGUUUUCAAGCGCUGUCUAUACAACCCUCGUCGUCCUCGUCGUGCUUGUUGCCAACGCCGACACGACGUCGCUGUACAUUGCGCUGACGCCGCUGCCGCUGCUCUGGGUGCUCGCGUGGCGCCACAAUACGCGCCGCGCGCUACACUACCACAUUCCGCAGCAGUCGAUUCUAGACUUGCUCUGUGAACCGUCGCCGCAAGCCAAGACGGUGGGUGCGAUCGCUGCCUUGUACGUCGACGCGACCAAAUUGCACCCGCUCGAGCUCGAACCCAUCCUCGCGCAGCUCACGCGGCUCGCCAAGCGCUCCCGUAACAAAGAGCUCCUCUGCCGCGCGUUUGCGAUUCGGAUCUUGUGGUUUGCCCACAUCAAGAAUUUCCGAAAACAAAAGCUGUGCAUUGGGGAAACGCAAGACGAUGCCGUCGUGCCGCCCAAAUUCUGGUUCAAAGACGUGGCGAAUCCAGACCGCGCGCAAUGGACGAGCAAGGCCAUGGCAAGCCGUAGUCGGCUCUCGGUCGUCGCUGCGUCCAAUGCCGCCAGCAAGAAGCGCGUCAAGCUCCAUCGCAUCGAGCAAGUUCUCACUGUGGCCGCCGUCGCGCACGACCACGCCAAGGCACCCGCGACAAUGUCCCAAACGUCGGGCUCGCGCUGGAGCCCAUUUGGUACUCGGCUCCCGCAAUUUCUCGCGCCCAGCAGCAGUCGCAUGUACCGCGUCUUGGUCGUCGCAGCGGCGUCCACCCAGUUUGAGGUCGUUGGCAUCCACGACAAGCAUUGGAUCUCGCACAUCGAGACACCAAGCGACGCGGUGCACGAAGCCCGGGCGCUCUACAAUGAGGCGCAGGAGCUCCUUGCGCAGAGCUGUGCCGCGAGCGACGUUAAUGCCAUGUACGAAAUUUCGGUCUUUUUGCUCCAGUGGUACCGGUCGCGGUACCUCAAGCCGAGCAAGACGAUCUAUGCGCACUUGCUCGCGACGCUGGCCGGCUCGGUCGACCGCAAGCUUGCCAUGGACGCCACCUACACGCUCUACAAGCUGCACAUGGACGACAUUCUUCCCAACGACUUCUGGCUGCGCAACGUGUCGCAUCUCAAUACGUUUCUGACGGUACUUGGCCACCCGAGCGCAACCACCGCCUACUACGCAGCGACCGUGCUCAAUCUCGUGCUGGAAGUGGCCGAGACCGACUCCAAGGUCAACUUGUUUGUGCUCUUGACGCCCGAGUCGAUUGCGAGCAUCCAAGCCGCGUUUCGAAAGUGGCACGAUGCGUACCGGCUCAGUGCUGCGUUGGAGGACACGUGCCUGCGCCUCUACAACAUGGAGGUGGCCCAGCGGCUCUUGCAGCAGGCGCGCCGCCCGAGCAAGCGCCGACCUAGCUCGCUCGUCAAGUGGGUCACCCAGCAGCACAAGGCACUGCGAAAGUCCAUCGCGCACAUCAUUGUGCACACGCAAGAGACUGCCCAGACGCGACGCUCGACCGUAGACCUCCGCAAGCUGCCAGCCAUGGUGCAGAACGCAGCGCGGUAUAGCAGCAUGCCAUUGAUGGCUCGCCAACCGCUGGCGCUUCCGACCAACCGGAGGAUGAUAUCGCACGGGUCCGAUCUCCCCAUUCAGGACACGGUCGACGACUACGAUAAGAAGGCGGUACCGGCCUUGAACGACGACGACGCCAACGUGACAACACCACCAAAAGAGAACCCAUGCCAACCAUGCGCCGAGGCACCUGUCGAGCCGACCGAGUAUGGACGGCUCUUGCACAACCCGGACGAGCUCAUAUUUGUGACGCGGCCAAUUCUGGACGAGAUUCACCGGCGACGAACGCACCGGCGGGCGUUCGAACGCGACUUGGCGCAUGCCUUUGACAACGUCGAGGAGGCCAUGACGGCCCAUGACGUGGCCGUCGCGCUCGCCAAAGCCAUACCGGUCCUCUGCGACCGCUACACAAGCGCAAGUCAGUGCGCGAUUGGUGGCUUUAUUGAAAGCGGCAUUGCCCCUAACCUGCGCGAAUUCUUCGAGACACGCGACCAUUGA